AUGUUGGCUAACGUGACCACCACGAUGAAUGGAACGCAAGCAAUGAACUGCCUUGAUCCUUCAGUUGUUAAAAAAGGAAAGACUUUUGCUUUUUGUCUGCUUUUUGUAGUUUCGCUGGUUGGAAAUACCUUGAUCGGAGUAAUUAUCUACAGGACGAAAUCCCUGAGAAAGCCCGUCAACUUCUUUAUCGCAAACAUGGCCGUGUCAGAUCUGCUCAUUCCGAUUUUCCUGUUUCCGAUGAAGUUGGUAGGAUUAUACACCGAAUCAUGGAAAGGGGGAGAUGGUCCUUUCGGCCAGUCUUUGUGUAAGUUGGUUCACUUCUCAGUGGAUGCCUCCGCGGUAGUGUCAAUUCAAAGCCUGGUACUGAUUGCAGUGGAUCGAUUUGGAGGUGUGGUUGUUCCCCUCCGUGCCCCACUCAUCAGCUCAAAGAAGUGCCGGUUCUAUAUUCUUGCCACUUGGAUCAUCGCUGUAGCUGUUCAAUGCCCAAAUCUGUUCGCCUUAAAAGUCGUCGAGUAUCCAGGAGGGCUGCAGUGUUACCUGCUGUGGAACGAUGCAUUUGGAGAGUCCUUUUCCUACCAAGAUUACAUCCUCGCGAAACACAUAGUAUUUUUAUUCAUUCCUCUAAUCCUCAUUGCUGUACUUUACUUUUUAAUUGCAUUAAGAAUCAAAUCUCGGAAGGUUCCGAGGGACUAUUCUUUCAACGCAAGGAGACAAGGUUUGAGGAGACAUCGAAAUGCUCUGAGAAUGUUUAUUUUAAUAGUGUUUGUUUUCGCAAUCUGUUGGCUGCCUUUCUCUGUCAUUUGGCGCCUAGAUGGCGUCAAAUUGUCUUGUAGUUUCCAAUAUUUCCAACUUAUUGCCUAUUUUUUAGCAAUAUCAAACUGCGCCAUAAACCCUUGUAUCUGUUUUAUUUCCAAUGCAAAUUAUCGCCAGGCCCUAACAAAUCUUCUUAGCUGUUAUUCAGCUUCUCCCAGGGCUUAUAAAGCUGUCGUGUAA